UGCCCGCUAUGGCGGCGGUGUCGAGUUUGGGCCCGGGAUGCGGCGCUUUUGACUGAGGGGGUAGGCCAGGCGGAGGCAUUGGGGACAUCCGCGCGGCGCAGAAGAGGACCAGCCUGGACGCCGGGGACGCUGUCAUGUACGGCGCGAGCGGAGGCCGUGCCAAAACGGAGAGGAAAAGCGGCGCGAAGGAGGAGGCCGGACCCGGAGGUGCCGGCGGUGGGGGGAACCGAGUGGAGCUGCUGGUCUUCGGCUAUGCCUGCAAGCUGUUCCGGGAUGAUGAGCGGGCCCUGGCCCAGGAACAGGGACAGCACCUCAUCCCCUGGAUGGGGGACCACAAGAUCCUCAUCGACAGAUACGAUGGGCGCGGUCACCUGCAUGACCUUUCUGAGUACGAUGCUGAGUACUCCACGUGGAACCGUGACUACCAGCUCUCUGAAGAGGAGGCACGAAUAGAUGCCGUGUGUGAUGAGGAGAGGUAUUUAGCCUUGCAUACGGACUUGCUUGAGGCGGAGGCGAGGCAAGAGGAAGAAUACAAGCGGUUGAGUGAGGCACUGGCCGAGGACGGGAGCUACAACGCAGUGGGGUUCACUUACGGCAGCGAUUACUACGACCCGUCGGAACCCACAGAGGAGGAGGAGCCUUCCAAACAGAGAGAAAAAAACGAGGCUGAAAACAUAGAGGAAAACGAGGAGCCUUUCGUCGCCCCCGUGGGGUUGAAUGUGCCGCCCGACGUGGAGCUGCCACCAACAGCCAAAAUGCAUGCUAUCAUCGAGCGCACAGCCAAUUUUGUGUGCAAACAGGGAGCACAAUUUGAGAUAAUGCUGAAAGCCAAGCAGGCCCGGAACUCUCAGUUUGACUUUCUACGCUUUGAUCACUACCUCAACCCCUACUACAAAUUCAUCCAGAAAGCCAUGAAAGAGGGGCGCUACACAGUGCUGGCAGAAAACAGAAACGAGGAGAAAAAGAAGUCGGGGGUCAGCUCUGACAACGACGAUGAUGAUGACGAGGAAGACGGGAGUUACUUGCACCCGUCUCUCUUUGCUUCCAAGAAGUGUAACCGCCUGGAGGAGCUGAUGAAGCCCUUGAAGGUGGUGGACCCGGAUCACCCCCUUGCCGCGCUGGUCCGUAAAGCCCAGGCCGACGGUCCCGCCCCCGCGCCCCCCACGGCAGACGGCGCCGCGCAGCCCUCCCAGGUGGAGUACACCGCUGACUCGACAGUGGCCGCCAUGUAUUACAGCUACUACAUGCUGCCGGAUGGCACCUACUGCCUGGCUCCUCCCCCGCCGGGGGUCGACGUGGCCACCUACUACGGCGCCCUGCCCGCCGGCGUGGCCGUGCCCAGCUCCGCCGGAGUGACGGCCGCCGCCCCGCCGCCCCCCGGGACCACGCCUCCGCCCCCCCCAACCACAGCAGAGUCGAGCAGCGGGGUGACCUCCACCAUCACCACAAGUGCACUUGCUCCCGUGGCGGCCAUCAUCCCCCCGCCCCCCGACAUUCAGCCUGUGAUCGACAAGCUGGCGGAGUACGUGGCUCGGAACGGCCUUAAGUUCGAGACCAGCGUUCGUGCUAAGAAUGACCAAAGGUUCGAGUUCCUGCAGCCCUGGCACCAGUAUAACGCCUAUUACGAGUUCAAGAAGCAGUUCUUCCUCCAGAAGGAAGGGGGCGACAGUGCACAGGCUGUGUCAGCACCAGAAGAGGCCCCGGCAGAAUCUGCCCCUGAAAAGCCAAGUGAUGCUGGGGAGGACGGUGUGUGCGAAGACUCGGCCGACGCAGGAGGAAGAGGAGGCCCCGGGGGGAAGAAGGAGGCGUCGUCCAGUAAGACGGUCGCAGACGGGAAGCUGGUGAAAGCUUCAUUUGCUCCAAUAAGCUUUGCGAUCAAGGCCAAAGAAAAUGACCUCCUUCCCCUGGAAAAAAACCGUGUUAAGCUAGAUGAUGACAGUGAUGAUGAUGAAGAAGGCAAAGAAGGCCAAGAAAGUUGUAGCGGCACCGCAAACACGACCCCGGCAGUCGCCCCGCCCUGUGCGGUUGUUGAGGAGAAGCGGCCCCAGCUAACCCAGGAGGAGCUAGAGGCGAAGCAAGCAAAGCAAAAGCUGGAGGACCGACUGGCGGCCGCUGCCAGGGAGAAGCUGGCCCAGGCGUCCAAGGAAUCGAAGGAGAAGCAGCUUCAAGCGGAACGUAAAAGGAAAGCAGCUUUGUUUUUACAAACCUUAAAAAAUCCCCUACCAGAAGCAGAAGUCGGAAAAGUUGAGGAAAAUCCUUUCAACGUAGAGGUAAGUGAAAGUCCACAUCAGCAUCGCGGGGGCCGGCAUGCUUCCGCUGCGGGCCACCGGGUGUGGGCCCAGGUGCCCCCAGUCCUGGGCUUCGGGGAGCCACGGCCCUGUGGUGACGGGCCCGGGGAGGCCCGGGACGUAACAGAAGUUGUGCGUGUGGCAGGGGAGCGGGCGCAGGGGGGCCCUGGGUGCACUGCCAGUUGCCUGCGUUGUCCGUUGUCCCAGUGUCGUUGGGCCAGCGGCGCUCAAGUGGUGGCGGUGGGUGCAGCGCAGCGAGGCCCUGACUGGCACCGCGCGGCACGGGGGGGCGGUUGCAGGAGCCGCGUGCUGGGACCAGACUGGGAUGCGGACGAGCAAGAGCGGCAUUUCCGUGGGAAGCCCGCAGCGGCCACAGCGCAAGGGCAGGACACGAUGGCAGUCCGGGCAGCAGUGCCCGAGACCUGCUUUCCCUACAGGAGCCCCCACGAGAAGAAGAAGAAGAGGCACUCACGGUCACGGACCGAGUCCAAGGCCGGGUCCCAGUCGGCGUCCCCGAGCAAGCAGUCCGCACGCCGGCACACGGCCCACUCGGCCAGCAUCUCUCCCGUGGAGAGUCGGGGCUCCAGCCUGGAGCGCUCCAGGGGCGUUUCUCAGGAAAAAGACGGCCAGAUCUCCUCAGCAAUUGUUUCCUCCGUGCAGAGCAAAAUAACUCAGGACCUCAUGGCCAAAGUGAGGGCGAUGCUGGCGGCUUCGAAGAACAUGCAGACCAGCGCCUCCUGAGGCCCGGGCUGCGGAGAGCCAGCGAGCGCACAGACCCGUCCGCACGCCGUCCGUGCUCCCCCGGGACGCCCCGGGCCGUCGGCGGUUUUUGUAAAUUAAUUUUUGAUGACAUUUUCAGUUUAAGAUUUUUGACCAGCAGUCUCUUACCUGUAUAUUUGUAAAUAAUAUCAUGUUUCUGUGAAAAUGUAUUAUCAAAUAAAAUGGGAGGAAAACACCUUUUCUA